GCUGCCAGUGUGUUGUUAAAAGCACACGCAGCACGCGCACGCGGGCAGCCAGUGGUCAAUUCCGCACGCCGUCGACGACAGCACUCGACGACCGAGGCUGCCCCACCAGUACGGAUGGCCGGCGCCGCCCCACCGGAGCAGCACAACUGGCGCAUCGCGCAGCUCUACGCGCGCAACGAGUUCGACGAGUGCUUAGCGGUGGUGGAGAAAGCUCUGACGGCGUCGAACGGGUUGAACGAGUACCCUUUAUAUGUGAAAGCACUCAUAACAAGACAGCGCGGCGAGAUCCAGCAGGCGCUCGAGCUCUUCCAGGCCGCAACUUGUUUGAAUCCCUCCAACGUGAGGAAUCUCAAGCAGGUCGGCCACUCGCUGUACUUGCUGGGGAAGCACAAAGCGGCGCUCGGCGUCUACGAGCAGGCGCGGUCGUUGAGCGCGGAGCUGCGCAAGACGCGCGAGGAGGCCAAGGGCGAGGAGAAGUCCUCUAGAAGAAGUAAGGGCGGCGACGACUGGGAGCUCUGGCACAAUUCUGGAUUAUGCCAUGCGUAUUUGAAGCAGUUCGAUGAAGCCAUCAAUGCGUUCGAACGAGCCAACGCCAACCAACGGCACGACGCCACCUUCCUGCAGCUAGGCAAGGUCCACGAGGAGCGGGGCGACCCCACCGCCGCUCUCAAAGUCUACCAGGACGCGCUGGACUUCUCGCCGGAGAGCCCCGAGUUACUCACUACCAUAGGAUUGGCAUAUUUGCGAUUGGAUGAUCAUCAAAGAGCCUUCGACUAUUUGGGUAAUGCGCUGACCCAUGAUCCUAGGAAUGUCAAAGCUAUACUGGCGGUCGGUAGUAUCAUACAGGAUAAUCGCGACAUGGACGUGGCCCUGCAUAAGUAUAGGGUCGCCGCGGCCCAAACACCAGACUCUCCCCAAUUAUGGAACAACGUGGGCAUGGCCCUGUUCGGGAAAGGCAAGAACAUCGCCGCGAUCUCUUGUCUGAAGAAGGCGCACUACCUCGAUCCGUUCGAGUGGAUCGUGGCGUUCAACCUAGGCUUGGUACAUUUACAUACGAAGCAGCACGCGUCGGCGUUUCACUUCUUCAAUGCGGCCGUGAAUCGGAAGAAGGAUUAUGCGCCCUGCUACAUGUACAUGGGCGUGGCUUUGUCCGCGAUGGAUGACCUGGAGAACGCGUAUUUGGCGUUUGAGAAGUCGCUCAAACUGAAAGACGACCACACGUGUCGCUUGAACUACGCCGCCACUCUGUUCAAUCAAGGUAAAGUGGAGGACGCUCGAACGCACUUUCUGAGGUAUGAAGCGCUGUUGGGGGACCUCGGCGCGGACGCGGACCCGGAGGACGGCAUGCUGGACCUCGCGGAGCAGCUGCGGAGUAGGCUAAAAACAUAG